AUGGAUGGCUGGAAGAGCAAUUUUCACCUGUGGCUAGCUGUACUAGCCGGAGAUUUUCUGCUUUCCCGAGCAUGUGUGGCACUUGCCUCCAAGAACACAGAGGUUGUAUCUCUUCUGGCAACUGUUGUGGAACAUCUUGUUACUGGGGAGACAAUGCAAAUGACGACUUCUUCUGAUGAACGUUGUAGCAUGGAGUAUUACAUGCAGAAAACAUAUUACAAGACUACAUCAUUGAUUUCAAAUAGUUGCAAAGCGAUUACACUACUUGCUGGGCAUACUGCUGAAGUCUCCGUGUUGGCUUUUGACUAUGGAAAAAAUCUGGGAUUGGCAUUUCAAUUGAUAAAUGAUGUUCUUGAUUUCACGGGUACAUCUGCAACCCUUGGCAAGGGUUCAUUGUCUGAUAUUCGUCAUGGCAUUGUAACUGCCCCAAUAUUGUAUGCCAUGGAGGAAUUUCCUCAACUACGUAUGCUGGUGGACCGAGGUUUUGAUGAUCCCGUCAAUGUGGAAAUCGCUCUGGAUUACCUUGGGAAGAGCAGAGGGAUGCAGAGAACAAUAGAGCUUGCCAGAAAGCAUGCUAUCCUUGCGUCAGCGGCAGUUGACUCUCUUCCAGAGAGCAGUGACGAGGAAGUUAAGAGAUCAAGACGGGCGCUUGUAGAACUUACUCACAGAGUCAUCACAAGAACAAAAUAGGGGUAAUAAAGGGAAUGCAUCAGGUGCAGAGCGCAGAUACAUUAAAUUAGUGUACGAUUUUUUUCAACUCAACACGAAAUCCAGUAUUUCUAGGGACAAUGUACCCUAACUUUACAUUAUGAUUUCCUUCUAGAUAGAUAAUUUAUGAUUCUUCUUAUCCAAUAAUGACCUUUUUUUU